AUGGACUUAGGCGUUUCAGGAUUACCCUUUAUUGGUUCAGGUGUCGGAUUACUUAUAGGUGUCACUUUCUUCGUCUUAAUGGACAAAUUUGUCUAUAAUCCUAGGAACCAAGAUGGUACUCGGGGAAAACGAGAUGAAAAUGGGAAGUUGAUUCUUUCAGCUCCUGAAACUAAACUACUACCAGCUAAAGUUGGAGCAUUUUGCCUUCCUAUAUCUCUUUUCUGGUUAGGCUGGACAGGGAGAACUGGUUCUAUCCACUGGAUGGCUCCCACCGCUGCUGGGAUCCCUUUUGGGUUUGGCAUGAUAACCAUUUUCAUUUCGGUAAUCUUUUACUUCUCUAUGGCGUUCCCUCCUAUUUCUGUUGCUUCCGCGAUUGCUGCAAAUAACCUAUUGCGAUAUAUAAUGGCCUCCGUCUUUCCACUAUCCGUCACCCAAAUGUACCACCGGCUUAACAUCGGCUGGGCUUCAUCCUUAUUUGGCUUUGUUGCGUUAGUAAUGGUUCCUGUUCCUUUUCUCUUCGAAAAAUAUGGUGCCAGGUUGAGAGCUCAGUCCAAAUAUGGAUAUGCUGCACAGUCGGCCAAAUUAGCUCCAACUAAUCGACUGCUCCAAUCUGAGCACGAAAAAAAUGAAACCCUGGACUCAUAUGAGGAUGAUGUUGCGAACCAAGUCUAG